CAGAAAAUAAGCGAAUUGACGGGAAGUUUAGAGUAAACAGUAGUUAUCACACAGAGUUUGCUUUGUAUUUUAUAAUCAAUACAAAUGAUCUUGCUUCCGCUUUGAAUGCUUUUGUUCAUUCCAGUAAUGCGUGGUUUUCUUCCCCCGUUCUCCCCCCAGUGUGAGACGGAUUCUCGCAUUGUGCCUUGAUUGCUGUGGGAGCGGGGAGCUCGCGCGUUCCAAUCUCCGAUCGUCACGGCUCGCGCUCGGCUUCCACUUUAGUUUUGUUCUGCAAUGGCUUCGGCUGAAAUCGCCCGGCAGAUGAGUGAAAGCGUCCGUCCACUUUCCUUGUCGGGCCAUGUGGGAUUUGAUAGUUUACCGGAUCAGCUAGUCAACAAAUCUACCUCCCAGGGUUUUUGUUUUAAUAUUCUUUGUGUUGGAGAAACUGGCAUUGGAAAGUCAACCCUUAUGGAUACUUUGUUCAACACUAGCUUUGAGAAUAGCCAGUCAACACAUUAUGAAAGUCAAGUAAAAUUGAAGGCCCAGACUUACGAACUACAGGAGAGCUCUGCUCGUUUAAAACUAACCAUUGUGAAUUCAGUGGGCUUUGGAGACCAAAUAAACAAAGAAGAUAGCUAUAAACCUAUCAUUGACUACAUUGAUGCACAGUUUGAAGCUUAUUUGCAAGAAGAGUUGAAGAUCAAACGUUCAUUACACAAUUAUCAUGAUACCCGAAUCCAUGCAUGUCUGUACUUCAUCUCUCCCACUGGCCAUUCCCUUAAGUCAUUAGAUUUGGUGACAAUGAAAAAGCUGGAUAGCAAGGUGAACAUCAUUCCAGUGAUUGCAAAGGCUGACACCAUUGCUAAAAAUGAACUUCAUAAAUUUAAAAUCAAAAUAAUGGGAGAACUGGUUAGUAAUGGUGUACAGAUCUAUCAAUUUCCAAUUGAUGAUGAAACAGUAGCAAAAAUCAAUUCAACCAUGAAUGGCCACCUACCUUUUGCUGUAAUUGGAAGUACAGAGGAAGUGAAAGUUGGUAAUAAAAUGGUUAAAGCUCGUCAAUAUCCCUGGGGAGUUGUGCAAGUUGAAAAUGAGAACCACAGUGACUUUGUGAAGCUGCGAGAGAUGCUUGUUUGUGUGAACAUGGAAGACUUAAGAGAGCAGACCCACACCAGGCAUUAUGAGCUCUAUCGUCGCUGCAAAUUAGAAGAGAUGGGAUUCAAAGACACGGAUCCAAAUAAUAAGCCAGUCAGCCUUCAAGAAACAUAUGAAGCAAAGAGAAAUGAGUUUCUUGGUGAGCUUCAUAAGAAAGAGGAAGAAAUGAGGCAAAUGUUUGUGAUGAGAGUUAAAGAAAAAGAAUCUCAGCUAAAAGAGGCAGAGAGGGAGUUACAAGAUAAAUUUGAGCACUUGAAGAAAAUGCACCAGGACGAGAGAAAGAAAUUGGAUGAGAAAAAAAGCCUUCUGGAUGAGGAGAUGAGUAUAUUUAAUAAGAGGAAGGCUGCAGCUGAAUUCCUUCAAGGCCAGGCAUUCCAGACCACACCACAAAUGAAUCUGAAGAAAGAUAAGGACCGCAAAAAUUAUUAAUUUUUGAUGCUGCAGCUUUCUUUAUACGAUUAUCCUUCAUUUAUUGGAAAGUUUUCAAGAAUUUUGAGAGUUCUGAUCUGAACAACAAAAAGAUCAAUGCUUUCAUACUGGUUGCCUUUUUCCUUCUGGAUUACUUAAAUGGAUGAAAUUGUGCAACAAUGUAUCAGUCACCUAACUAGUACCGUGCACUGCCUUUAUUGCUGUGUAAUAAGCCAUAUAUUUAAACAAGGGUGCUAAUCCCAAUUGUUGACCCAGACUUUUCCUUUAAAGUGUUGCUUUCAGGGAAAUAUUUGUAUUUAUAACAAUUUCAUUUUUGUAUUCAAGUAUAGAUUUCAGUAUUUGCUUUGAAAUUAUGGAAAACCUAAUUGCAUAAUUGUUUUUAUAUCUGCAUUAUGUUCAUUUAAACAUUUUAAGUCUCCAUAACAAUGAAUCAAGAUGGCACUCUGUCUGGCUUUCCAAUCCUUCAUCAAAUGAGACAUUCUGCAGUUUGAAUGAUCAUGAGCAAGAAUUAUCCAAUUUAUAAGUGCAUGUUUUUCCACAUUUGAUUAUUCCAUAGAUUACAGGCAGUUUUCAAGUUUGGACAGAACCAAUUUAAUAUUAGCUGGUUAUAGUAUUAAAAAGAGUUCAGUGCCAAUCCUGGUUAAGUUGGUGCCACAGGUACUUCCCCAGCAUUCUCAAAAUGAUCUUGCAUUUAGCUGUUUGUUUUGCUGCUGUUGGUGUUGGAACUUAAUAUAGUACAUCAAUGGGUCCAGUUAUGGGUAAUAUUUCUUUGAAAUGGGUUUGCAUUUUCAACUCCAGUUGUACAAAUUCUACACCAAAGGGAUGCAUUAAGAGCAAUACCACUGGUACAUAUGCUAUAAAUUAAGCAAUGAAAUUGAUUUGAUGUGAGAGAGAUUGUAUUUUAAUGUGAAAUUUUCAUCUUUGCAUUAUUAUUACAUAAUGGCUAAUUAUAAUUUGCUGUUGAAAUGUGAUUUUGUACAAAGUUUAAAACCAAAGUAUUUUAACUUUUAUCACAAAGUCAGCACAAUGAAUUGUCUUUUUGUCUACCAUUGAAGUAGCAUUUUAAUCUAUAAUGAUUUUUUUCACUACCCGUUCUAUCACACAACUAAUACCUUGAAUAAUCUGUAUUAUUAUUAUUAUUAUUAUCUACGUGUUCACUGACUUUAAAAACAAAUUUUGUGCAAAGAUCUCUUGGAUUCAUUUUCUGUUCAAUGGUCAUAUCCUUGCUUUAACAAUUAAAAGUAGAAGAAAAAUA